GGUGGAUUGAUGUUACUGUGAACUUGUGAGGUAGUGGGUGUUUUGCUUUUAGAAAUUGUGGUUCUUGAUGGGUAGGAUGGUUGAAUGGUUGAGUGGUUGGUUGACUGGUUAAAUAGGAAAGAGAUGGAAGUCUUAGAGCGAGAGGUUUGAUCGCUGUGGUGGUUUGAGUUGUGUUUGGCGAAUCAUUGAUACUAAUAUACAUCAGUAGAUUCUGAUCCAUGGAAGGGAGAAAUAGAAAGUGUAUAUAUAGUGUGUUUUGAUAUGCUGGAGGAGUUUUUACUAAGUUACAUACCUAACAUGUAUGAGGAAGAUCUUGGAUAGGUAAUACUUCAAUUAUUGGGAGAUGUAGUGGUUAUUGUAUAUUAUUAGGUAUGAUUUAAUUAAGUCUGCAGACACUCUAUCCUGCGCCACAUCUUGGAUUCUGGUGAUAGAUUAGUUGGUUGUUCCUGUUUUUCUUUGGAGGAGGGGAGGGGUCUAUAGCUGGAAAUCUUGACACAACUUUGAAUUUUGUUACGUUUAGUACUGUGGAACUUUUCUGUUACUUAUUCAUUCAUUCAUUCACUUCCUCUCUUAUGCCAACUCAACAUAACUCAAUACUACAGUUCACACCCCAUCCCAUCAUCCCCUACUACUCUCUCCUCCAACCACCCCCCCCAAAACCUCUAACCACACAAACCACACAAACCAGCUUCCACCUUCCCUUCACCCAACCAAACCCACCCUCAGCAACCCUAAUUAUGAUACAAAAAUCCCUCCUCAUCGGUUCCGGUCCCCUAAUCGGCGUCGAAGUAGCCGAAAUCUUCGCACAAAACAAAUUCUCUCAUAUCGCCCUACUUUCACGAUCUCUCUCAAAUCUUCACAGGGAGAGGGAGACGAUCCUCUCCUCUCUCCAGGACUCUACGGCUCAACUUCCACCUAACGCUCAACACUCAACUCAUGCCCAACCUUCGCCCAAGACCCAGUCCUCGCCCAAACCUCAGCCUCCACCCGAAAUCAAACUCUGGACCGCAGACACAACGAACCCUACCAGCGUGGUGGAAGCAGUAAGAGAGGUAGGCUCAUGGCUGGGUGGAAAACUAGAUUUCUUUGUGUAUAACCCUGCCAGGGUACAUCGGUCUUCGUUGUUGGAAUGGGAGGGGGAUGAGGUGAUUAUUGGGGGUCUUAAGGUUGGUUUGUUUAUUUUGAUUUCUCUUUUUUUUUCUUCUAUUGCCUUCUAUCUCAUCUAAUAUUCAAACAAUUGAUUGAUAUCCAAGAUGCAAACUAACUCAAACACCACAGACAACAACACUAACCCCCCACCACCUCCUCCCCCUCCUCCUCUCCACCACCAAACCAAGCAUCUUCAUAACCACCUCCCACCUCUCCCUCCUUCCCCCACCUAAUUUCGUCACCCUCUCCAUCCUCAAAGCCGCGCAACGCUCUCUAAUCCUAAGUCUCCAACACGAGUUCGGCUCCAAGAUCCACAUCGCACUCGUUUACAUCAACGGUAUUGUAGGACGCAAGAGGGAUGGAGAGGGGGAGGGGGGGAUGGGUGAUGGAUUUGGAGGACGAUUGCUGGAUCCGAAGGAUAUUGCGGGGAUGUUUUGGGGGUUGUAUACUGAUGAGAAGGACCAUUGGAGGGGGGAGGUGGAUUUUGGGAAGUGGAAAAGCUAGGGUGUAUGGGUUGGAGAUGGUGGUUUGGUGGUUCUUGGAGGUCUCUAGGUAGUUCUAUUCAUGUCUCUACCUCCC